GGGGGGGCAAUGAGCCAUGCCAGGGGGGCGGGUUGAGCCCCAGUUGUGCCUGUAGGAGGGUGAGGGGGAUCCCUUCCGCUGGAGCCCCAGGGCACAGCUGGGGGGCAGCCCCCCGCCUGGGGCCAAGAGAUUGAGACCCCCACCCUGUUGUGCUGGUUAGAGACACCCCCCCCCAGGCAGGCAGCUCCCUCCUGGGGUCCUGGCCCCACGGGGGGGACCAUCCCCCCCCCACAGUGUCAGCUGGGAACAGGAUUCCUGGCCGCGCUGGGCUCCCCGCUAAACAGCUGGGGGGUCACCUACCUAGACAAUGCUGGGGGGGGGGGGGGUUGAGUAGCUCGUUCCUUGCUGAUCGCCAUCAUUAUUACUAGUGUGUAUAGUUUAGCGCCUGACACACUCUUGUUUCGUGUCCGGCUGAACUAAGUAUAAAGGAUCUAGGGUUGGGAUUGGGGCGCUCGCUCGGUGUGUUUUUUCGCCCGUUCGCAAACAGGAGGAAACCAUGGUGCCAAGAGACCACAUCCCCGUUGUGGUCACCAAGGAGGACGGCGGGAUCCUGCGGGCUCCCCAAUGACCGGCCAGGCUCCUGCAGGAAGAGACGAGACUCCUGGGCCCAGACAACCGGGGGAUUCGCUGUAAACACGGGCUGGUUAGGAGCCGGAAGCAUUUUCGACCCGCGCUGCGGGAUGACGGCCCCGGGGAAGCUGCGGGUGGCGGUGAUCGGGGCCGGAGCAGCCGGCCUGUGCGCCGCCCAGCACCUCGCUGCCCGCCCCGAGUCCUUCGCGCCCCCCGUGGUGUUCGAGGCGUCCGGCCGCGUCGGGGGCAUCUGGGUCUAUACCGAAGAGACGGGGCAGGGACCGGACGGGCUCCCCGUCGGCUCCAGCAUGUACCGGGACCUCAGGACCAACCUGCCCAAGGAGGUGAUGGCGUUCCCUGACUUCCCCUUCGACCCCUCGCUGCCGUCCUUCCUGCACCACUCGCACGUGCUGGCUUAUCUGGAGCGUUACGCCGACCACUUCGGGGUCCGAGAGCACAUCAGGUUCUGGUGGCGGGUGGAUGCCGUGAGCCCGGCCGAGGGCGCCGAGGGCGGCUGGGACGUCACCGCCUGCCAGGCCCAGGACCGGACGGUGCAGACGACCGAGCGCUUCGACGCCGUCCUGGUCUGCAGCGGGCCAGCUGCUGCACAGCCACGACUACCGCUGCCCGGAGCCCUUCGCGGGCCGCACCGUGGUGCUGCUGGGGGCCGGCCCGUCCGGCGUGGACCUGGCGCUGCAGCUGGCCCCCGUGGCCCGGCGGGUGGUCCUGAGCCACCGGCAGCCCCCGCUGCCCGGGCUGCCCGGGAACGUGCUGCAGGCGGCGCCGGCGGUGGGCGUGGCGGGGGCCACGGUGCAGUUCGGGGACGGGGCCGAGCACCGGGCCGACGUCCUCAUCCUCUGCACCGGCUACCGGUACCGCUUCCCCUUCCUGGCGCCCGCCCGCCUGGGCCUGCGGCUGACGGAGCAGACGGUGACGCCGCUGUACCGGCACCUGCUGCCGCCGCGCCAUCCCGGCCUCUUCUUCAUUGGGCUCUGCCAGCAGAUCUGCCCCUUCCCCCACUUCCACUGCCAGCUGCUCUUCUGCCUGGCGGUGCUGGCGGGCACCUGCCGCCUGCCCCCCGCCGCCGAGCUGCAGGCGGCCGCCGAGGGGGAGCUACGGCAGCACCUCGGGGCCCCCCGGCACUUCCACCGCCUGGGCGGGCGGCAGUGGGGCUACUGCCAGGAGCUGGCACGGCUGGGGGGCUUCCAGCCCCCGCCCCCCGUGCUCAGGAAGAUCUACGAGGCCGUGCGGGCGAGCCGCAGCCGGGACGCCUCCCGCUACCGGAGCCUCAACUACCGGGUGUUGAGUGCCGAGGAGUGGGAGCUGGUGGGGGCCGAGCCCGGGGGGGCCCCCGGCGAGGGGCGGUAACGGUCCCUGUGCACUGAGGGGGCAGGCCCGGGGGCCAUGGAGACGGAGCUCCCGGGCCGGCCGCGGGGGAGCCGGCGGCAGCCCCGGGGGCAAUGGAGACGGAGCUCCCGGCCCGGCCGCGGGGGAGCCAGCGGGCGGGUGUCUGGAGACCCUUCCCCAUCGGUGCCUCCGGCCCCCGCUCGCCCCACGCCACCGCCUGGGGCCCCGGCCGGUCCCCGCUCGCCCCGCGCCACCCCCCGGCGGCCAGGGCCCCGGCCAGCCCUCCCGCCACAUCCGAGCCGGGAGAAAAUCCCCUGGCACGUCGGGGCCGGUGGGGACUGGGCGCCGGUAGCCCGAGGAGCCGAAACCUCGGGCUGGGGCGGUUUGACAGUGAAGAAAUGAGCAAAUAAAGGGUCAAAACGGAA